AUGGAUAAACCGACGCCUAAUAAUCCAUCAAAUAGAGAUCUGCUUGAUAUAACUCGAAAAAGCAAAUUUAUCACAGAUGAGGGCUCUACUUCCGACUCUGACUCUGACUCUUCCUCCUCCACCUCCACCACCGAAUCUCCAUCAUCGUCCUCUGAAAUUACCUCUCGACCACCGAUUCUAGAGCAUCAUUUUACUGACAGGGAUGCCUUCACUUUGCCACUCCUCAAAUACCUUGGCCGUACCGCGAAAACACUUUUUUUGACUUUCUGGUUCGACUGGACGCAAAUCAUUCGUCAUCCUAUGGGAUCAUUGGCGACUCUAAUAAUGUAUCCAGUAGCAUCCAGUACUAUGGUCGUUGUUUCCGUAGUAUUUCGAAUUGGGAGUCGCUUCAUGGGUGGGAAAGAGAAAGUACACUCAAAGAUUUUUGACAAGGCUUUUGAUAAGGACAGAAAACGUCUUGUUAAGACAGCCGGCAUGUUUCUCGACAACCCAUUAGAACUCAAAUUGGACGAAGUCACAAAGAUAACUCAUUACGAAGACUACUCAGAUGAGCGCUACCAAAAACCUUCUUUCAACAUAGAUGUUGCUGAACUCAUGUUAUUAUUAUCGGCUCUCAUUUAUGAACGGAAUCCUAUCAAGGACAAGAAUAAGGACGAGAUUAAGGACGACGAGACUAAGGACGAGACUAAGAAGGUCGAGACCAAGGACGAGAACGAGGUCUUAACCCAGGACGACUCCACUAUUGAAUUUAUCAAUGAGAGAUCCGAGAAAUGGGGUUUCACAUUCCGUAAACUUUCUGAAUUAGGAACAAAGACGAGUCCAUUUUGUGGCGCAUUCUAUCGUGAGAAGCAUAACUUUAUAGUUAUUGUGUUUAAGGGAACGACACCGACCGACUUUGCCGAGUGGGCUGUCGAUGCAACUUUUAUGCGUACUGAUGGCAGGACACAGUUGUUCGGUGAAGUGCAUGAAGGAUUCUAUAGAAUGCUAUUUGGAGAAGAGAAGAAGGGACGUUCCAAGUUGAUUAAGGAAUAUCCGUAUAGGAUGAUCUUGAGGAAAUUGCAUAAAUACGUAGAAAUUAUUAAAAAAACAAGGGAUACCAAGAAUACUGGCCAUAGUGAAAAACCGCCGCCAAUCAAUGUCUGGGUUACUGGGCAUUCCUUGGGAAGUGCCCUUGCAACCUUGUUUUAUGCGAGAUUAAUGCGCAGUCCUUCUGAUCUGCCGGCUGAUUGUAUUUUAAGAGACGCCUACGUCUACGGGACACCUUGUAUAGGGAACGGUGAAUUCGCCAAGAACUUUUCUUCGCUCUGUAACACACCUUCCAAUCGUUUCAAUACAUGCUGGCGCGUGAUUUCCGAUAACGACGUUGUCUGCAACGUCCCAGUUGGAUUCGACGAUCCUGAAACAUUGCAAUACGUGAGCGAUAAUUAUAUUUUUGACUAUGCUCAUGUUGGCGAGAAUAUAAGGCUUUUUAAGGACGGGCGUAGACCAAAGACGGAAGUCGAAGACUUGCUUGUGCCCUUGGAUUCGGAAAAGGAAGGAACAAGUCAAGCAAAACGUGAGGUGCCAGUGGACAUAAAUAGUGCUGCUCUUGAAGAGGAUAAAAAGGAUUGGUGGAUGCCGCCUUUUGCCAAGGAUCAUCUCGUGUAUAGGUAUUUGAUGGCUCUGCAAAGAGCGAGACCGUACUUUUUGACUGCUAAAGAAACAGCGAAGUUCUAUAAAAUACAACCAAUAACAAAACCACCCGCAACUGGCUCGAGUAAAGCGAUCAAGUAG